GUACAGGAGAAUAUCUAAGAAAGUUCAUGUUAUAUGUUCCUUUUCCUUGUGUUAAUGUUCUUAGUUUUGUUGUAAAUUCUCUUAAUUCUGCUAAUGGUACAUUUGCUAUUAUACAUUUUAUUCCUCCUCUUCCUCCUCCUCUUCCUCCUCCUUCUCCUAUUCCUAUUCCUAUUCCUUCUUCUUCUUCUCUUCCUCCUCCUCCUCCUGAUCCUAUUGAUGGGUUAUAA